AUGCUUCUUUCACCCAACGUUUCUACAAAGGCGGCCCAAGAGGAGGCUGACCUGACCGAGGACGUCGAUGAGCCCCCCGACCACCGCAUGCACGCCACCCAAAUGAACUCCGAUCAGAUCCGCCUCACGCGGCCAACUGUGGACCGCAAAGAAUCUCUGCUCACUCGCGCAUUGAAGAGCAGCCCAGAGAUGUCUCCUACAGACCCACACGCUUCUUUCCACAACUCUUACAUGUACCGAUCCUACCCUCACAGCAACAUGUCUGGCAUUUCAACAGCAGAACUCACCAGCGAUGGCGGCCUCACAAGUCCAUCUUUAUCCAACACACCUAGCCCACCCCUGCCUCCUCAAAUGAUGGGUAAGGCAGCAAUGAUGGGAAAGAGGGAUUCCCCCCCAAAAGUGAAGGUCAUAGACGCCAGCGAGAACACUGUUGAGGCCAACCUGGGUCGCAAGCGAUGCAUCAGCUUUGCUUGUGGUCGUAAGACUGAUAACCAGAAAGAGCCAACCACUCCCGUCUCACCUUCUGCGUCACAAACACUUCCACCAAAGGCCCAAGAACCCCACCAAGAACCGGAAGAAGCCCCGGUUCAGCCUCUCAAGCGCAAAACCACUCUGACCUUUGUAUGCCCGGGACGUGAAACCGUUACGCAAAGAGAGCGAUCUCCGGCUCGCAAGGUCUCGUUCCGGCCGAGAUGCCGUGGCUCCCCUGCGCCUGCUAUUCGCAAGUCAUCUCCUGACUCGAAGGACACCAAGAAGGUUCCUAGAGAGAACGUUGCCUCUGCGUCCACUGACAUCAAAGCUAUAUCGACUAGUGGCUUGGGAAAGUUCGAGGAAUCCGAAGCAACUCGGUUCCACGAAUUUGCCAGUUCCAUGGACGAAGACGACGAAUGGGUGACCAACGAGCCUGCUUACACGGAAAAGAUCACUUUAAACGACUGCAUGAAGAAGGAAAUGGCAAUUCGACGACUCGGCGAACAGGCGGAACAAGAGGCGCUGGAUGAGGAAGAUGAUGAUGUGGAAGACCUGGCGGACGACGACUCGACUGUGCACGACUUUUCUUCCGAUGACGGCAAUGAAUCAGACAACGAGGCUGGAUUUGCAGAGUCCGAUGAUAGUGAUGGUGAAGGCUCAGAUUAUGAGUUUUGGGCCCCGGCGUUGGCUAUUCCCGAACUUACCAGUCAACCUAUCGAACCACGCCCCACUAUGGAACGCCGCGCUUCGAAUACAUCAUUUGACUCUAUGACCGAUGACCACUCGAGUUGGCUCCCUGCUCCAGUGCAAAUGGGUUACCGUCGCUCUAUAAAGAUCUCCAAAAGCAUCAGGAUUCGUCCUCGUACCCCAAACCUUCCGGACAGCACCGACUUUGUUUGUGGAACACUCGAUGAGGACCGUCCUCUCGAAGCUGCCUACAAAUCCUGCCUGGAGCAAAAGCGUCUCGCAAAGCAAGUGCUUAUCCCGCAAGACAUCGACCCCAGCUUCCCCACCAGCGACCCGGAGGACAACGAAGACCUCGAGCCAUCUGAGGAGGAGCUUUCCGACGUUCCAUCCGAAUCUAGCCGUGGACGUACGGAUGCUGUCGCCCGCAAGAACUCUCCCCGACACUCCCCCAAGCGCCUGAUGUCCCCACCUCCCCGUCGUGCAGGCCGAAUCUCCCCCAAGCGUCUUAGAUCUCCUCCCCCACCACUGAGAGCCAAGUCACCCACCCCGGCCAAGUGGGAAUUCACUGAAGAGAUGCCUGUCAUUGAGUCCCCCGAGGGUCUGAACAUCAGCCACCUGGUCCAGCGUCGCACGAUGGUCCGCACAAAGUCCCUCCCCCGCACACCCAACCCCUUCUUCACUGGUCUUGAUAAAGAUCACCGCUGGAAAGGCAUCCCCGCAUUAUCCGAAUCGCCAGAGCGCGAACACUCACGUACUCGUGAACUACACACUCGUGGCCCAGUCGACAUCGUCGAAGGGCUCGAGAAAAAGCGCCAGAAACGCAAAGAAAAGUUCUGGCGCCAACACUGCCGCAAAGCUGCCAAAGAGCAGAUGGGCAAACGGCCUGUCCCUGGCCAUGGAGCUCACCGGAUGAAGGAGCUUGGCCUCGAAGUUGCUGAGAGGUGCAGAGCUUAUGGCGUCGGUCAAGACGCCCAGCUCGUCCUAUCCGUUUAG